ACCGCAGCUAGCGGGUGAAGUAAAUUACUAAGGUCUUUUUCUAGUGUGUAGCAGUAGUUCCUGCUUUGAUUUUACUCACACAUCGUGCCAGUUUUAAGUAAAUCCUCCUCCAGUUCGUCCCAUUUUCUUUCAGUGUCGGUGUCGAGUCGAAUCGAGAGUGUUCGUUUCGCGUUUAUGUGCUAUCCAUUCCUAGUAAUGUCGGGGUAAUUAUACUUUCGAAAGUUUGAUUAUUUUUGAAGGAGUUGCGUCUUCGCGUUCGACUCGACGCGUUUAUUGUGCAAAAUUACGUGAGUGCGAUUCUGGGAAGUAGGAAGCGUCGAAUCAAAGCAGCCUCGAAUGGAAGAAGAAGGCCGUCGAUGAGCGUCGUCGUCGUCUGUCAAAAAGUCAUCGUCGUCGUGUUUCUUUUCUUUCUGUUUUCUUGUUUUGGGUGUGCAAAAUUACGUGUCCUCUCGUGGCCUCUGUCCCUGGCCAGAGGGGCGCGCCAUAAUUGGUGGUGUGAAAAAGUAGUGCUUCACCAGUGAAGAAAUAUGGAGAACACGAAAAACAACCCCAACAUCAGCAGCAGCAGUGGUGGCAGAAGUGAGAAAGUUACCAGCAAUUCCUCCGCCCCCACUGUCAAUAAUGGCCAACAACAACCACAAGGGAAGGGGUCCAAAUUGAAGCGGGCCUUCUCGAUGCCUCGGAAUCCGUUCCAGUCGGUUUCGCGUCAGACGAUGGGCAGGAAAACGGUCGUGGAAAAGUCCGGAACUGGAACGAUGACGAAUGCAAGCGUCGUGACCUCGGAACAAAAUUCCAUCAACAGUGGUGGAGGAGGGGUAUUGGGAGCAGGUGGAGGAGGAGGAGGGAGAGUUGGCACCGAUGCAACCAAAGUGCAAGGCCCCGAGGCCAUCAAUCGGGGGGAGAAGAAGAUAUUUCGGCGCCUCUCGGUGAAGAAGUUCAUCAAUCGCAUUGCACAACAGAUGACAUACGUCAGUCUUGCGGGCAACCAAAAGGGCGCUGAUCGUGUUCCACCGCCACCGCCGGCCAAUGGGUUCGUUUGGCCACCGGACACGGUACCGGGUGUGAUCGGCCUGCGGAACCACGGCAACACCUGUUUCAUGAAUGCCGUCCUCCAGUGCCUCAGCCAUACCGACAUCCUGGCUGAGUACUUCGUUCUAGAUCAAUACAAGGCGGAUCUAAAACGACGUAACAAGAUCAAUGCGAAAAAGUUUGGAACCAAGGGUGAGCUGACGGAACAGUUGGCGCUGGUGCUAAAAUCUCUCUGGACGUGCAAGGAUGCCCCCGAAUAUAGUUCUAGUUUUAAGGCCGUGGUUGACCGAUACGGAAGUCAAUUUCGGAGCUCGACGCAACAUGAUGCGCAGGAGUUCCUCUUCUGGUUGCUAGACAAGGUGCACGAGGAUCUAAACACCGCCACCAAGCGGAAAUACAAAGCGAUCAAGAACAACUACGGCCGCUCGGACGAAGUGAUCGCCGCCGAAACGCUAGCCAACCACAUCCGGUGCAACAGCUCGUUCGUGCAGGCCGUCUUUCAAGCCCAGUUCCGGUCUUCGCUAACCUGCCCCCGGUGCCAUAAGCAGAGCAAUACCUUCGACCCGUUCCACUGCAUUUCGGUUCAGUUGCCGCAGCUGACUCUGCAGCCGGUGUUUGUGCGAGUGAUCUACGCCUCGCAGCAACCGAAACAGGUUCAGCUGGGGCUGGGGGUUCCGCAUGGGUCCCCAGUGAUGGUGCUGAGGGAACAACUGCACGCCGACACGGGGAUCGCCGUCGACCGGAUGAUACUGGCCGAGGUGUGCGAGGGGGGCUUCAGUCGGGUGUACUGUGAUUCGCAUUUGGUGUCAUCGAUUGGGGACGAUGGCUCGGUGUACUGUAUCGAAAGUCCACCGGUGGCAGAGGGCAUGACGCAAAUAGUGCUGUGUAUUACCAAUGGGCGAAGGGACGUCGGAAGUGGCGAAGUUCGACGGUUUGGAACUCCAUUCUGUAUAGUGGUUAAUAGGGAUGUUUCGUAUGUGGAGUUGCAGAAGUUGCUGUUGAAGGAGAUGUCGAGUAUUCUCAAAUCGGAAGUGUUUGCGUUCAGUAUUCCUAUGCAGGAGAUGUUCAAAAUGCGGUUGCAGGAUCCGUCAUGUGACGCGGACACUUACUUGGAAUCGAAUGUAGAGCACCCGUUGUUUACGGAGAUGAUAGAUUUGGCGUUGUCGGUGCUACCAACCGAUGCCGGUCCAGCACAUGUGAAACUGCUGAUUGAGUGGACUAAUCCAGAGCGAUUCUUCAGUGAUAUGACGGAUCCUUUUGUGGAACAUGAAAGCGUCAGUCAGAUGAAAGAGAAGAUUCCGGGCAGUUCGUCGCUGACGCUGGAACAGUGCCUAGAACAUUACACUAAAGCGGAAACACUUAGCGCAGAAGAUGCCUGGAGGUGUCCUCAUUGCCAGAAAUAUCUGCCUGUGGUGAAAACGCUAGGGCUAUGGUCACUGCCGGACAUAAUGGUGAUCCAUUUCAAACGAUUCCGACAGCAACAAUUGCGCGGACCUCAGGCUGCCAAAUUGACCACAUUGGUAAAGUUUCCACUAACCGGCUUCGAUAUGUCACCCCAUUUGGCGAGAGAUUCGAAUGCUGAAGCGUCCUCCGUCAGCAACGGAACGGAAGACAAUUGGAGUCCUUGGCGAAAAACUACCAAUCGAUAUACAAAACAUUCCUCAAACCACUACAAUCAAAACUCGCUACCGAUGGACAAUCGUUAUGACCUUUAUGCGGUCUGUUACCACCAGGGCGACACUUUGGAAACUGGCCACUACACUGCUGCAUGCAAGAAUCCUUACGACCAUCAGUGGUACAAAUUUGAUGACCAACGCGUGGCACAAGUUCCCAAUGAACGCAUCCAAGAAGAAAUCGUUAACAAUGAGGCUUACAUACUGUUCUACCAAAGACGAAAAAUCGAUGGAUCGGAAUGCUCGGGAACGAGUUCGAGUUCUGGAAACGAUCAUUGGGUGUCGAGAAUAUCCGCAGCUCCGCUGGGUAUUACUCAUGAACCGAAGCCAAAGGUAGAUCCGCCGAAACCGGCUCCUGCCGCUACUCUUACUGCAACUACAACGUCUAUUACUGCUAAAUCGGAAGUGCAGGCGAUUCCGAUAAAAGCCGAAAUCGAAGAAACCGCCACCAUACAUUCCGAGAGUGAAAGUGAAACGAGUGAUAACAAGAUGCCUAAAGAGACCAGUGUUGAGUUUGAAAAAGUUCAAACAACCGUUGUGCAAGCUGAAGUAGAAACUCAGAACACCGACAGUCAUGAGAUUGAGGAGCCUUCGGAAAAGCCGCCCUCCGUCACCGAGGAAUCGGUUAAAUCUCUCAUUGAGGAGGAAACGUCUGAAGGAGACACCUCAAAAGAAGGCUCCAUUAAAACUCUUACCGAUGAGCCUUCAUCGCCAGAACUGCGAAAAUCCACAGAGCCAACGACCUCGGAGCAUUCGGACGAUACAAGCGACAGUACGACCAAAUCGCCCGAUUCGAGCAGUCGCUUCUCGUUGCCAACGUCGCACUCGCAUUUUCCGGAGAUUCUCUGGGGUCACCACCAUCAUCGACCGUCAUCAUUUACGGCGUACAAAUCCAGCUACGAGCCGGAUGCGGUUUCGAUGAUGAGGGGGGCCAACACGUGCAGCAAGGAUACGUUGCUGUUUAUCGAUCAGCAAUCGCAUGCGGCAGGGCUGGACCGAGUCAUGAUGGACGACGAGGACGAUUCGGACGACAUGAUGAGUAACAGUCGGGCGCUAUGGAUAUCGCCAGUCACGCCGCAUAAGCUGAUAACGGUCUCGCCGAAGAACUAACCGAGGUUUGCCGUGUGAACGAGUCGCAACAAGUCGAAAACAGAUUUCAAAAAUCUACCACCAACCUCCCAACCACCAAAUAACGAACAUUGCAGUGCAGUCCUAAGUAGCUGAAACCGUACGAGACAGAGCAUCAGUAUUCGCAGCGUGAAAGUACCUUCACCGACACGUGCAAUGCGAGUCACGCAGCUCUAUUUAUAUAUGAUCAUGUUGAAAGUUUUAAAUCGUUUUUAUGUUAUAAUUUUUGUUUGCCUGUGAGUAAUAUGUAGUAGGUAAAAAAGUCACUCAUUUAUUAUUAUUUAUUAAAAAGGAGGGAACGAGGGUUCGUAAAAAGUAACGCUAUAGACCGUUUAUUGUAUAUUAGGUGGUGCGCGGACGUUCCGAUUGCGGGCGUAUCCGUGUUCGGGUGAGUAUUUAUUUGAGCUAGGAACUAGUAGACUAAGAUAGCAGAAACGAAAAGAAAAAAAAACUUUACUGUAUAGAGUCCCAUUCCUCUUUAACCAGACACAAGAUUUACUACCUAAAUAUACAAUCCUAUUUCGCGUUAGACACAUUCUUCAAGACUUUCCAAAUUAAGAAGAGAGAAAAACUUUAGACUAAAUCAAACUGUUCGGUACCCACUUGCAAGUUCAGAUCACAAGACCGAAGUUAGAGAGCAAUUAUCUAGAGAAUGUAAAUUUACACUACGUGAACCUUUUUUUCGAGAAAAAAUUUAACGCGUUUGCAUUACCUUUGGGGUCCGAGCAGAGAUAAGCAGCAGGUUGCAGCAAAGCCAUAGACCAGCCCGUCCCCGCCCCAAAAAUCUAUAGGCUAGCAUAUUGGCAUUGACGACUGAGUUUAGUAGCGAGUGAUACAAACGGGGUCUGUAAUCAACCAAAUUAACGAGAGAUUUUUGCGUAGAUAUUCGCCGUGCGGAGUGAAGCGGAAUGGAUAGCGUUUGCAGUCAGGCAGGAACCGAAUAAAAACAACAUUAAGCAUACAGAAACAAGUACAAUUUAAUGUUAGUUAUUUGAUUGUAAAAAGAGGAGUAAAAUUAUAAAUUAUUAGAAUAGA